UUGACAAAAUUGUUAUCGAGUGAUCCUGGUCUCUUCCUCUUCUAUCCAGAGAGCCAAAGAUUUAUGAUUACCAAAGCAGCAAAAUUGAAACUCGCUUAAAAAUGGCCAUAAAAUCACAGUUAAUUUCAGGAUUAACCCUGCCAUUGCCACACCCUCCUUCUACUUCUUCAAGCUCCAACAACAACAGCAACAGCAACAAUAAUACUAUUUUGAGUCUGGUGAAGAGGAGGAAUCUCAAGACAUCGUUUUUCAAUGGUGGAGUUGAAGCUCUAAAAAUUACUAGGAUUAGAACCGGUCUAUCCACUCGGUCCCAUUGUUAUGGACAUGGUGGAGGUGCUCUUGGAACUCGUAUGAACCUUUUUGAUCGGUUUGCUAGAGUUGUGAAGUCAUAUGCAAAUGCAAUUGUAAGUUCCUUUGAAGAUCCUGAGAAAAUUCUAGAGCAGACAGUACUUGAAAUGAAUGAUGACCUAACAAAGAUGCGUCAGGCCACAGCACAAGUUUUGGCUUCUCAAAAGCGUUUGGAAAAUAAAUAUAAUGCUGCACAACAAGCUUCUGAAGAAUGGUACCGUAAGGCACAACUUGCUCUUCAAAAGGGAGAGGAAGACCUUGCACGUGAAGCUCUUAAGAGGCGUAAAACCUAUGCUGAUAAUGCUAAUUCUUUCAAAGCACAACUUGAUCAACAGAGAAGUGUUGUUGAAAAUCUCAUCUCUAAUACUCGGCUUUUGGAGAGCAAGAUACAGGAGGCAAAAUCAAAGAAAGAUACCCUGAAAGCACGUGCUCAGUCUGCAAAGACUGCAACCAAAGUGAAUGAAAUGUUGGGAAAUGUUAAUACAAGUAAUGCACUUUCAGCUUUUGAAAAAAUGGAAGAGAAAGUAUUGGCAAUGGAAUCAGAAGCAGAAGCUCUUGGCCAGUUAACUACAAACGAGCUUGAUGGAAAGUUUGCAUUGCUUGAAGGCUCAUCAGUUGAUGACGACCUUGAGAAUCUGAAGAAGGAACUUGCUGGUAGCUCAAAGAAAGGAGAACUUCCACCCGGAAGAACAGUUGUCACCAACUCAAACAAUCCAUUCCGAGAUCCUGACAUCGAGAUGGAGCUCAAUGAGUUGAGGCAAAAGAGAAAUAACUUUUGAAGCAUUUAAUACUUUCAUGUGCGAACACUCAAUUCGUACUUGCGAGUAUAGUAUUGGAUUAGGUCUUUGCUUUGUGAGCAAAAUACUCUGUAAAGGCCAAAUAGAUGAUCGUUGUAUAGUUGAGCCGAAUUAAAAUAGAACAAGUUUUGUUGAAUUGGCUUGAUGUUACACAUCAUUGUCACGUUGCAAUUAUAAUCUAUAUUGCAUGUGUGCGUGACAGCAAA